AGACAAUUACUUUGUCUCCUGUUCAGAAGAAAUGCAGAGCAAUAAUGAGGAAUUGGAAUGAGUCGAUUGCAAUUUGAGACCAUAGAGUUCAGUGAUGAUGAGACCACUGCAGAGGGAGAGCAGACAGAAGAUGAAGAGGAGGAUGAUGAGGAUGAUGAUGAUGAUUUGGAAGAGGAGAAUAAUGAAGAGAAGGAGCACUGUGAAAAAGAAAACCAAGAGCCAGUGGAAAAAUCAAAGCAGCAAGAAAUCCAUGUAACCCAGCCAACAUCUCAGGUAAAGAAUGAUGUAGAAGAGGCAACCAUACCUGAUGGACUAGACAAAGAUUCUGAGGAUAAAGACACUUCUAGUUCACUUAUUGAGGAGAAGCUGCAAAACCAAGAUGAGGCCAAGCAGGAGAGACCAAAGCGCUUAUUUGGAUCAAACAGCAAGAUCUCUCUUUUCAAGCGGAGGUCUUCCACCAAAAAGGAGAAAUCAGAAGCCCCAGUGGAGGAGAGCAGUCCUGCUGAGAAAGCUUCCAGCUCAGACAGUGGAGAUGUAGAAUAUAACAGCAGUGUUGACACUUCGAACUCUCAGCCUCUCCGAUCCCGAUCAGCCACCUGCACUCUACUCUGACUCCACCCAAAAGAGGCAGCUUCUAGUCCUGCUUCUGAAGGAUGUUUCCACUAGCCGAGUAUUAUAACAAGGAAAAGACAAAACCCUGUUUGCUCAGAUCUGGACUGAGACCUUGUAAAGACUUUCAUCUUUAUUUGGUAGACAGCAAAGCUGAUAAUAGCAGAAUUUCUCGAAAGCACUAUGAAUAGCCAUAUGCAUUUUGGGAUUUCAUAACUGUUAUUUUUGUCAUGAUUGUAUUUUGUGCUUGAUAGUGACCUUACCUGUGUGGGGAGUAUAUCAUAAAAUGUAUUUAAGAAACUACAACUAUUUAUUUGUCAUUUAAAUAUUACUGCACCUUUGCACUUUUUACUCAUCUUGAAC